AGAACUCAGUGACACGGACCGUCAUUCUUGGAGUGAGUGACCCACGGACUGUACCCGUACUGCCUCUGACCCAGGUGGAUGCGGCUGCGCAACUGAAACCCUCUUCCCUUCUGGUGUGGCGCACAAUCCCGUGUGGGGCAGGAGAAGCCCACAGCGUGUGUUUUCAGAUGUUUGUGCCCUUCAGUCCUUGGACUUGGUUGCUAUUGUUAAUGGCCCUCAAGUGUUCUGAAGCAUCUUCUGAUAUGAAUGAAUCCACAAAUUCCACUGCCCAGCAUGAACCUAAUGUUCGGUUUGCAGCUUCGAGCUCAGAGCCAUAUGAGAAAAUACCUGUUUUUGCCCUGGAUUAUGACUAUGUGCAAAUUCCUUAUGAGGUCACCCUGUGGAUACUUCUAGCAUCCCUUGCAAAAAUAGGCUUCCAUCUGUACCGCAGGCUGCCGGGCUGCAUGCCAGAAAGCUGCAUCCUCAUCACAGUGGGCCUUCUGGUGGGCGCCAUCAUCUUCGGCACCAACCACAGAUCGCCUCCGGUCAUGGAUUCGAGCAUCUACUUCCUGUAUCUCCUUCCACCCAUCGUCCUGGAGGGCGGCUACUUCAUGCCCACCCGGCCCUUCUUUGAGAACAUCGGCUCCAUCCUGUGGUGGGCAGGCCUGGGGGCCCUGAUCAACGCGUUUGGCAUUGGCCUCUCCCUCUACCUCAUCUGCCAGAUCCAAGCCUUUGGCCUCAGUGACGUCAACCUGCUUCAGAACCUGCUGUUCGGCAGCCUGAUCUCGGCUGUGGACCCCGCGGCCGUGCUGGCUGUGUUCGAGGAGGCGCAUGUGAAUGAGCCACUCUACAUGAUGAUCUUUGGGGAGGCCCUCCUCAACGAUGGCAUUAGUGUGGUCUUAUACAAUAUAUUAAUUGCCUUCACAAAGAUGCAUAAAUUUGAAGACAUAGAGCCUGUGGACAUUUUGGCUGGAUGUGCCCGAUUCAUCAUUGUGGGAGUUGGGGGGGUAUUUUUCGGCAUUGUUUUUGGAUUCAUUUCUGCAUUUAUCACACGUUUCACUCAGAAUAUCUCUGCAAUUGAGCCACUCAUCGUCUUCAUGUUCAGUUAUUUGUCCUACUUAGUUGCUGAGACACUCUAUCUCUCCGGCAUCCUGGCAAUUACAGCCUGUGCAGUGACAAUGAAAAAGUAUGUAGAAGAAAACGUGUCACAGACAUCCUACACGACCAUCAAGUAUUUCAUGAAGAUGCUGAGCAGCGUCAGCGAGACCCUGAUCUUCAUCUUCAUGGGUGUGUCCACCGUGGGGAAGAACCACGAGUGGAACUGGGCCUUUGUGAGCUGCACCCUGGCCUUCUGCCUGGUCUGGAGAGCCAUUAGCGUAUUUGCUCUCUUCUAUGUCAGUAACCAGUUUCGGACUUUCCCCUUCUCCAACAAGGACCAGUGCAUAAUCUUCUACAGCGGCGUGCGAGGAGCUGGAAGUUUUUCACUUGCAUUUUUGCUUCCGCUGUCUCUUUUUCCCAGGAAGAAACUGUUUGUUACUGCUACUCUAGUAGUUAUAUAUUUUACUGUAUUUAUUCAGGGAAUUACAAUUGGCCCCUUGGUCAGGUACCUGGAUGUUAAAAAGACCAAUAAAAAGGAAUCCAUCAAUGAAGAGCUUCAUAUCCGUCUGAUGGAUCACUUGAAAGCUGGAAUUGAAGAUGUGUGUGGGCAAUGGAGCCACUAUCAAGUGAGAGACAAGUUUAAGAAGUUUGAUCACAGAUAUUUACGGAAAAUCCUAAUCCGAAAGAACCUGCCAAAAUCAAGCAUUGUUUCUUUGUACAAGAAGCUGGAAAUGAAACAAGCUAUUGAGAUGGUAGAGAUGGGGAUACUAAGUUCUACAACCUUCCCCACGCCCCAUCUGGCCCAGAGGACACAAGGAACCAAAAGGCUUUCCCCUGAAGACGUGGAGUCCAUGAGGGACAUUCUGACACACAGCAUGUACCAAGUUCGCCAAAGGACCCUGUCCUACAACAAAUACAACCUGAAACCCCAAACAAGCGAGAAGCAGGCCAAGGAGAUUCUGAUCCGCCGCCAGAACACCCUAAGGGAGAGCGUGAGGAAAGGCCACAGCCUGCCGUGGGUGAAGCCGGAUAGUACCAAAAACAUCCGCUACCUCUCGUUUCCCUAUAGCAAUCCCCAGCCAACAAGAAGGGACAGGACACUUGCUGAAUUCACAGAUAAUGACAACAGUGAUUUGGAACUCCUGUCCAUCACAUUGAAGGCGCACUGUCAAACAAGGUCACCUCAAGAAAGACAACUGGUACAAGAAAUAAUCCCAAUGAGGAAUUUACACAGAGGAAGGAAACCAUCAAACGUCAGUUAUCAAAGAAAUGUGAGCCAAGAAGAGCAUAUUGGAGGAGGCAGAAGGGUGGCUGUAAGGCCCAAACCGCUGUUUCGUGCAGUAGAUGAGGAGUAUGAAUCUGGGGGGGAGAGUGAAGAAGAGGCCUCAGCAGCUGGGGCCAGACGGUCAGCUGAGCGCAGACCCCACAGGGGCCACCACAGGUCUCACAGUCCUUUGCUCCGAAGAAAAUAAUUUUACUGUCCGCAAGAUUGUUUCCAUGUAUUGUAAGAGUCCAUCUUCUGAUUAUUAUGAAAGAAGGAUUUUCAGAGUUCUGAAGAUAGCUAUUGAGUUUACUCUUAUGCAAGCUGUUAGAUAUGCAUCUGCAAGAGGCAGGGAGAUUUUUUUUGGAUGACUGGGGUCAAACUUGCAGGCUCUGCCACAUUCUUAGCUGGUGUACUUUGUAGAUGAAUUCCAUGGGAGUGAUAAAUGUUAAUCAUCCCAGGAAUUAUUCACUAAGGAUUCUUAAGAGUGUGUGAUCCUUGUAAUGUAUUGAGAAACAAGCAUGACUGAUCAGUAAUUCACCUUGAUUAUAUGCAUGUGCCACUUAUAAUCAAGUUGUAACUUAAGAGGGGCCUUAGAAAUUGCUUGGCAAACCCCUGUGUCUCCAAAUGACACUUGGUCCAAGGUCACGUGGUGAGUUACUGUCUUCACAAGCUGGCUGACCUCCCUCCAAAGAGAAUGCAUUCAUACAUGAUUCUGAUAUGUGUUAUUGGGAGAGGUAAAGUUUGUCAUAGCAUUACCAUAUUUAAUCAGUAACAAUAACAGAUGUGAUACAAACCAGAGGAUUAAUUGAUGAACAGUUGGCUUAUAGUCUAUUUUAUAAUUGGAAUAUAUAUUUUAAAAACAAACAUAAAAAAUAGCCAUAAACAGGCUUUAAUGACAAUGACAAAAACAGCAGGUAUUUAACAGGUGUGCAAUAUUUUCCCCUAGGGCUUGAAACUAUUUUCCGAUUUAAUUUUUCAUCCUCAUCAUCCCCAGAUUGACCUUGAACUUCACACUCCAGGUCACCAACUUUGCUAGAUGACUAUCUGUCCUUCUUCCUUCCCUUCUUUUCCCCUUUCUCUCUUCUGGUCACCUAUAAUCAACAAAUAUUUAUUAAGUGCUAUUUAUUGUGCCAAAUAUCUCAUCUAUAAUAAUCAAUCAAACUUAAUAUCCUUUAUCAUCGCUAUAGGUCAUCUCUAACCAUCCCAACUGAUUAAAUCCUAUGCCCCUUUAAAGGCCAUGAUCCAUUGUUCCCUGCUCCCUGCAUCUGCCUUAAUCCCCGUAAUCAGGAGGGAGCAUGUGAUUCCCUUCCUCUUGGGUACCCCCACACCACACUGGGUAAGUCAUAGACUUUAUCUGGGAAUUACACUUAAACACGUGCAAUGUGCAACUACUGUGGUCUGAAGGGUGGAGAGGAUAGUCUAUUCUAUUCAUUUUACAUUUUAUCCAUUUAUCAUUUUUUUUAACUCCAGGCUUUACCAUUUUUGUGUAUUUUAUUUAGCUUUUAUCAAUUUUUUCUCUUAGUUUAAAUUAUGGUGCCUUGUGCAUGGCACAUGAUCUAUAAACAUUGAGGUGACUAUUUCACUUUAAGGCUGGAAAGGACACCAGAGAAGAUAUUGUCAGACAUUCUUAUUUUCCAGAUGACAAAAAUGAGGUUUUGAGAGCUACCUGGUGCCAGUUCAGGGUCUGCUUUCCCUUGAAGGACAUGGAGCUGUUCUCUAGUAUAACCCAUGGAUAAGAGUGACUGACAAAGAUAUGUGUUCCCCUGAAUUUAUAUUUUGUGAAUGGCACUCACUUAGGUUCCUGCUGCAGUGGUAGAAAUGUCAAUCAAAGGAUCCCACUUACUUUCUUCUGAAUCUGAAAUAUAAGACUGCUUCUAAGUUGUCCACAUUUUUUGACCUUCAUAAAAACUAUAUCCUACCAAAUAGUAGCAAUCCCCAAAGCAAUAUAAGUACAUAUAAAACCCAAUGAUCUCUGGGUUUUUCUUUUUGUUUAAACAAACAAGCAAAGGUUUUACAAAGAAAAAAACCUUUAAGCCCCAUGAGAGGGAGUCAGUGAGUCAUUAUCCUUAAAGUGCAGAUGGAGAUAGAGAAACAGAGAGAAGUCGUGAGAAAUUUCAAAGCCAUAUGCAAGCCUGAUUCUUGAGAGGUGCAGAGUGUUAUGUCACUUACUUGACUCUCCAUGUACUGCCAGAGAUCCAGAUUGCAAAGGCCCCUUCCCAGAGUCAGCAGGGUCUAAGGAUUAGUGCAAUCCAUUGAACUCUUCUGCUGUUCUCUGAGAUGCUGCUGCCACUUGGGAGAGGGAUGGUGGGAUUUGGUGAGUAGAUUGGAACUUGGUAGAAGCCAUAGUGGAGCUAUGUUCCUAGAGGCCCUUUGUUCAUCUAGACACUGUUGGGCCAUGGCUGCCCAAGUCUGGGAGGCAGCCCUGGAGCGCCUUCCUUAGAUGUUAAGGCUGGUUGAGGACCCUAGUGGUCCUGGGAGCUCUGGCAGACUUGGAGAGCUCAUGGUGGAAAUGGCCUCUUUGUGUACUCCUCCAGGACUGUUUCAAAAUGCAGUGUGAGCUGAUCUUCAUUGCACAGGGGAUUGGCCAAGGGCGUACUGGUUCCCUGGAGAAUGCUCUUGGGUAUCAGUUUUGCAUGAUGAGUUUUUCUAACAGGUGCUAAGCAGGGCAGGGGAGAAAGUGCCCUGUUGAGUGUUGAGGAAGAUCUGGUUCUUGUUCCCUCCUCAGUCAGGGAGGGAAUGGACUCCUGUAGGAGUGCUUUCCUAGGCCUCGUGCCCAGUCCACUGAGCCAUACACCUUCUCUUCCAGUGGUAGAAUUUGCCUUCUUAUGUUGAACCUCAAAAAGUCACAAAUACCCCACAAAGAUCAAUUUCCUAACAUAAGUUUUGUGUUUGUUUUGUUUUUUACUUUUUCAAAACUAUUCAUGUUGCUAGCUUGAAUGUUCUUGGAUUUCAGUGAAUUCUGAAAUCAGAUAAAGUACCAUGUCCUUUUAUUUAUCCUAUAUAGCAACUCUCUGACUUAACAGUUUUCACAUAUUUUCUGGUGUUUUGGAUGUGGAAAUGUUCUUACUCAUUCUCCUCAAACCUGAUG